CGCUGUUGCCUCAUAGCCGUCAUCGCCAGCGCACGCCGCGUGCUCUCGCCCUCGGUCUGUCUCCCUCGCGCUGCUGCGUUCGUGGCUGCUGCCCCCGGCUGAGCUGCCGCCGUUGCGAGUGGGCGCCUCGUUUUGACUCUGUUUUGACUCGUUGGAGCGUGUGGUGGCGCUGAAGGAACUUUUCUCGAGAGUUUGGUGUUUCUCGGCCCUGAGAAGACAAGCCAGUCGGCCUCACAACUCCAGCAAUGAUGUUCUUCAAUUCCAAUUGUCACAUUGAGCUGGUAUAGCGCAGCACAUAGCAUUGUUCGAAAGCGUCUCUUAAGGUUCCCGCUCCGAGCUCGUCGCCCGUUGCUCGCUGCUGCCUCUCAGGAGACGCUCUUCUGUGACACAUACUUUCCCCCUCCAACUUUCUCACUUUGUCAGUGCUGCUCUCCCACAGAUAAAGUUACAGUCCAGUCUCACACACUAAGGCCCCCUCAGAUCGUCUCUUUCAAACACGCCCCUUCAGUCCCAGAGCACAAGCCUCGCCCAGUCACACCCCGUAGCCAAAUAGCCUCCCCCGAACACUUCAGAAAACCCAACACUCGACCCUCCCCCUCACACAACACCUAAAAUGGAACCGUUCGCGGAGGAGCUUCUGCCCUUCGUCAUCGCGGGCUUUUUCAUAGCCUUCGUGCUGGCCUUCGGUGUGGGAGCCAAUGACGUGGCCAACUCCUUCGGGACUUCGGUGGGCUCCGGAGUUCUCACACUCCGAAAGGCCUGUCUGCUCGCCACUGUGUUCGAAGUGCUCGGAGCCAUCCUCAUAGGAUAUAAAGUGUCGGACACGGUACGGAAAGGAAUCUUGGAUGUUUCCCUCUACAACAACACCGAGAAGGAGCUCAUGCUGGGGUCCCUGGCCGCCCUUGGUGGCAGCGCCAUCUGGAACCUCGUGGCCACCUUCUUCAAGCUCCCGAUCUCCGGCACCCACACCAUCGUCGGCGCCACCGUCGGCUUCUCCCUCUGCGCACGUGGCUUCGACGGCGUCAACUGGACCACCUUCGGAAAGAUCGUUGGAUCAUGGUUCAUUUCUCCUGUUCUCUCCGGCAUCAUGUCCGGCGUCAUCUACCUCCUCCUCAACCACUUCAUCCUGAAGAAGGAGAAGCCCAUGGAACCCGGUCUCAAGGCUCUUCCCUUCAUCUACGGCCUCACCCUCCUCGUCAACGUGUUCUCCGUCGUCCAUGAUGGCCCAAGGAUGCUGCACUUCGAUGUGAUUCCCUGGUGGGGCGCCGUCAUCACCUCCCUCGGCGUCGGAUUCCUCACAGCUCUCUUCGUCCAGUGCAUCAUCGUCCCUCGCCAGCGGAAAGCCAUUGAAGCUGAUCUGGCCAAGGCUGCCUGCAAGCAAGACCACGAAGUCAAGUUCACCUUCGAAUCCGCAGACAGCCUAGAAAUGGCCGAACUGUUGUAUCAUGAAGAUAACAGCCGCUCCCCAACACCGCCGGGCCAAGAACUGUCCGUGAUCGAGAAGGGCGUUUCCCCCACCACGUACACCUUCACCAGCAGCGCCACCGAGACCAACGGCUACAUCCCCGCUGAGACCAAGUCCAACCUGCUGGGCAACGGCCUCAACAACACCUGCCCUUCGUCACAGUCCCUCGGCAUCACCCACAACAGCAGUCAGGUUCCUCUCGUCAAUGCCAACCAAGUCAAGAUCGUCUCCAUGGACGAACUCACCGACAAGAAGGAAGCUGAGACCGACAGGCCCGAGGUGAAGCGCCUCUUCUCGUUCCUGCAGAUCCUGACGGCCACCUUCGGCUCCUUCGCCCACGGCGGCAACGACGUCAGCAAUGCCAUCGGCCCUCUCAUCGCUCUGUGGGCCAUCUACACCGAGGGCUCCGUGGCCCAGCGCUCCCCCACGCCCAUCUACAUCCUCUUGUAUGGCGGCAUUGGCAUCUCCGUGGGUCUGUGGGUGUGGGGUCGCCGUGUGAUCCAGACCAUUGGCGAGGACCUGACCAAGGUGACUGCCUCCUCCGGAUUCACCAUUGAGAUCGGCUCUGCCUUCACCGUCUUGUUGGCCUCCAAGGCUGGCCUCCCCAUCUCCACCACGCACUGCAAGGUUGGCUCCGUCGUCUUCGUGGGCUGGGCCAAGUCCAGCCGACAGGGUGUCGACUGGGGACUCUUCAGGAACAUUGUGAUCGCUUGGGUUGUGACCGUACCUCUAACGGCCGGUAUAUCUGCUCUACUCAUGUUGAUUCUGCAGAUCGCCUUCUUGUAAACAACUCUCAGUUGCUGUGAUACUCCCCAAGGGGGAAGGGGAGAGAGGGAGAGCAGACAUCACCCCUCACGCAUCACCAAAGCCCCCACCAUCACCUCCACGAUCUCUUACGACUGCUUCCUCAUGUCGUGACAUCGAACUCUGGGACGCCCUUGCACUGGACGCCAGUGACGCCAGGUCACUGAAGGGAUCACCCAGUGCAGGUCGCUCCCUCUUCAUCAUUACACAACACACCAGUAUUAAAUAUCUUCCAUUAUUACCCCGCGAGUCAUUCACUUCGGGUACGAACUGUGAGGAGUCGCCAGUCCAGCACUGCGGGCGUGGGUAAUGGGGAGAGAUUGUUGUCCCUCCUUGAUUGCUCUCCCGGCGACCCUGCACACGCUUCCCUGCACACCACCAUCGUUACCAAACAUCUCUAACUGUUGCUGCCCGAGUUCUGUCUCUGAAGCCUCUUCUCCUCGCACGGAAGCAGUAUGACCCCAGAGCUUGAAGUCCGUUACACCCGCUUUAUGUCGAUUGUAACUAUAGUAUAUCUUUAACUUCGUGGAAAUAUUCAGCAGUCCAUUCGUGCACUUUACUCCUAUUCCAGUUGUUAACAUGCACUGAAUAUUAAUGUCGUCUAGGUAGAGACUCGUAAACUUUCUAUGUAUAUAAAUGUCCACAUACGCACUGAUUGUGCAGAAGUCAUGACCGAGGUGCAGCUGCUAUUCCGAGGAUGUCGUCGUUGCGGUCUUUCCAGCCCCGCUCUUGCAGUGAGCGACGUACCAAGAUGUCACCGAAGCACACUGUUGCCAGUCCGAUC